CUCCCCUCCCCUCCCCUUCCAGCCAGCUCUCCUUCUCUGCCUUCCUCCUCCCCCCCCCCCUCUUCGGCCCUCAUCCAUCUCCUUCCUCCUCCCUGUCCGCCCUGCACCCCCCCUCCCCCCCCACACACAUCGACGCAGGAUGUCCGCUGUGAAGAGCCCCAAGGCCGCGGGGAAGAUCGCGAGUCCGUCCCCGGCUGCCAAGUCCCCCAAGCCCCGCACUCCGAAGGCCAAGACCCCCGUGAAGGUGGCCUCCCCUGUGCAGCCCCAUGAGGAUGAGCAUGAUGACGACCACGGGGCCAUCUCCUUGUUUGCCGGGAGUGCGCCAAUUGUCCUCAGCAAGCCGACCACCGGCGGCUCCUCCCCCGAGGCAGGCCUCAAGUCGGGCCAGACCAAGGACACUGCCGAGCCUCAUGCGGCCGAGUCCGCGGCCAAGACUCCCUCGCUCUCGCCGGAGAAGCUUGUUGCCCGCGACCGGGCGCCGCUUGAGGCCAACAUGGCCGAGCUGGCCAAGCAGCUCCAGCAGAUUCGCGCGCACCUGGCUCCUCUGGCUGACCGCAUCAAGCAGGGCGAGCUUGAGACUGCCAAUGGCGUGGGCUUCCUCGACGCCAAGUACCAGCUCCUGCUGUCGUACUGCGCGGACCUUGUGCACUACAUGUCUCACAAGGCGUCCGGCCGGUCGGUCGGCCCGGAGUCCGAGGACUUCGCCGAGACCCUGGCCUCGCUCAUCAAGACCCGCAUCUAUCUGGAGAAGAUCCGCCCGCUGGAGAACAAGUUCAAGUACCAGAUUGACAAGUACAUCAAGGCGGCCACCACGGGUGCCGGGUCCGGGGCCACUUCCAGCGCGGCAGACGCUCUUGGCAGUCUGUCUGCCCGGCCGAAUGUCAUGAACCUGGAUGACGGGGACUCGUCGGACGAUGGUGCCGCCGCCCGCUCGCGCGCUGGCAAGUCCGCCGCCCUGCAGUCUGCCACCAGCAUGGAGGCCGAGACCGUCGAUCGGUCCAAGCGCUCGGCCGACCGUCUGGUCAAGUCGCGUGAGCAGCGCAACAUGCUGCAGGAGCUGCACCGGGAGUUCACCGAUGCGCCGGAGGAGAUCGCCGAGGAGCGUCCGGAGGAGGACGACCUGGAGCGCGCGCGCACCGAGCAUGAGGAGGCCACCUUCACUCGUUUGCAGGUGACGCGCAAGGACCGCGCCCGCCUGAAGCGCAACACCGAGCGCUCCAGCGAUCUGCGCGACCUGGAGGAGUUCUCCGAUAUCACCAGCCUACAGGUGACCAAGGAGCGCUCCGACUUCGAGGACAGCCUGGCCGCACGGCGGCCCGUGGCACAAGUGGCCUCUGCGUACCACGAGCGCCGACGCCUGGCCAAUGAGGCCGCCAUCAAUGAGCAGCGUCAGCAUUCGCGCCCGAUGAAGCGUCUGCGCGAGCAGAUCCGCGAGACCGAGGCCAAGAAGAAGCCCUCUUCGGCGGCCGGUGGCAAGCGCCCCCGGCGCUCUUGAGUGUACUGAGUCAGCUCGCGGUGUCCCUCCACGUGCUUUGCGCGAGAGUGCGUGUCUGUCACCCUGGCCGCCUCUGCCUCUCCCUCCGUCUCUCUUUCCCCCUUCUUCCAGGUAUAUGCCCUUGCUUUUGAGUGCGUGAAUACGGGCUUGUGUGCGUGUAUUGUAUCAGUGUGAGCACAUGUCCUCGUUGUCCCCCCCCCCCUCCGUGCAGGAUAGAUGUGCCUCCUUUGUCGUUGGCAUGGCCUGUGUGGGUGCAGGGAGAUGAGCGAUGCGCGUUUGCACAGGCCCGCUGUGUUCGAAAUCCGUCCGUCUUGCUUUUCCGUGUAAAAUAUAAUUCCGUGU